AAUUCGAGUUCAGUUACGGCGUAGCCCUCAUAUCGAACGAACCUUAAGCGACCAAACUGCCGCGAGUUAAAUAAAAAUAGUGAACAAAAUGACAAUAGUCGUUGCCACGACGGCAGCACCGCCAAAUACAAUAUAUGUGACCACCGAGAAAGGACAAGUGCCACCACAAACCAACUAUAUACCUCCGCCACAAGUCACCUAUGUUGAGGUCAACCAAAGACCGAGGCGAUAUGCCUUCAAGCAGCAAACGCACUCAGGAGCUGCAGGCACUAUGCUGUUUACCUAUGCUGGCAUGGAUAUGGCCAUGUGCCUAGGCUGGAAUUUAAAUGCAGAUGUAUCGUCCACUCGUGAAUUAGAUUAUAGCUUUUUUAUUGGAAUCAUCAUUGGAGCUCUUGUAGCAGGUCUUUCUGUUAGCUACUUGCAGAAGUGGAUUUUCUACAAUUUGGCCGGAGUUAUGUUGAUGAUUGAUGCCAUCAUCUGUGUGGCCAAUCCCACCGAAUAUGCCUCAAUGGUGGCGGCUCGCUACGUUGGCGGAGCGGGCCUUGGGUUGCUCACCGUGGUUUUCAUCAUACACAUAACGGAGGCAUCGACCAGCAAUGAGCGUGGUAGAUGGUGCGGCGUGGAGCAGUCCGGUUUAGCGUUGGGCAUUGCCAUCCAGGUGAUCCUGGACUCACAAUAUUCAAGUUAUGAUGCUCUAACUGUCACUCAGGCACAUGGCAUCUUUGGCAUUGUAUUUACCGUUUUUGCCACAUCCCUAUUGGCUUUUUCCAUCGAGUCACCCAUUUUCCUACUACGUAAAAAUAAAGAGGACAAAGCUAAAUUAUGCCAGUGGCAGCUUAUGCCUCCGGUUACAAGCACAGCAGCCUUCGAGGAGGCCUUUGCCGAGGUCAAGCGAUAUGUGGAGGAAGGCAAUAGCCAGAGUAUCGGCGUACAGCUCUCCAAAUCCGUAAUGCCCUUCAUUAAGCUGCUCUUAUGUCGGUGCCUGGUGGCAUUCACCUUCUCCCUGCCACUGAGCCAGGCAAUGCUAAUAAGCACAAUUGUUUCCGAAACAUACCUAAACUGGACCGUUGUUGUGUUUGGCCUUCUGCGCUGGAUCGCCUCCUAUUUUGCCAUAAGCCUGGUGGAUACUUUGGGACGCAAACUGACUUCGGUGCUGGGACUGGUGUGCAUGGCGGGUCUGAUGCUGGCCAUGGCGGGCAUCUUGUCGGACGGGAUGAGCAGUUUGUAUUACAUGUAUCAGAUAUGCCGCAUCUCGAUGGCCUUUCAGUUCUUCGCUGGCAUCUACGCACCCUGCACCUCGGUCUAUUUGGGCGAGGCAUUUCCCAUGCGUGUUAAGGGCUUCCUCAUUGGUCUGAUUGUGUGCAUUGAGCAGCUGAUCCACAUCAUUGUGAUAGUCACUACAGUCAAUCUGAGCAUUGACAUGUUCUACCAAUACUUUCUGGCUGUGGGAAUCAUUCUGGUGGUGAGUCUACUCAUCUUGGCGGUACUGAUGCCAGAGACAAAGAAACUAACGCUGCGGCAGGCGGGUGAACGUUUCCAACGUGUACACGAUAUCAAGUCAUACUAGGAAGGAGAUCACAUCAAUGUACAUGAAUUGUUCAAAAUACAAAUGACAAGUUUGUUUCUUCAUGCGCCGCAUCAGCUGCAGCAGCAGGCUGAAAAUAAAUGUAAAUUACUCUGCAUCCAAAUAGGAUUAAAUGUCUCAGUGUCUUAGACUAGUUUGCAGCGGAUUUCUGCCCAUGCACUUACAGCAAAUAAAGUAUAUCAUAGUCGAGCAUUUGCUCGCAGCUGUUUCA